AUGGCUCUUCUUCGCUUCUCCCUGCUCUUGCUUGGAGUGUCUUCGGUUAUUGCCUCCCCAGCCCGUAUCGCAAGGCAAGAGUCCAUGACCACCACCGUCGCGGCAGCUACUCCGGCACCCACAGCAUGGGACGAAGGAGCCGUGAAGGACUUCACCAUCCACUCCUCCUGUAACAACACCGAGGCGAGGCAAAUCAAGCGUGGUCUUGACGAGGCCAUGGAGCUUGUUUCUCAUGCCAGGGACCACAUUCUCCGUUGGGGUAACUCCUCGGAGAUCUACCAGAAGUAUUUCGGCAAUGCCAGCACGGGCGAGCCUAUCGGAUGGUUCGAGAAGAUCGUGAAUGGAGAUAAGGCGGGUGUCUUGUUCCGAUGCGAUAACCCGGAUGGCAACUGUGCGCUCGAAGCUGAUUGCCCCAGGAUGGGCCACUGGCGAGGCGACAAUGCAACGCUCGAAACCGUCAUUUGCCCACUCUCAUACGAAACCCGAAAGUCUCUCGAUGCCAUGUGCGGCUUUGGAUAUGAUGUUGCCAACGGCGCAACGAACUUCUAUUGGGCCUCCGAUUUGCUCCACCGUCUCCUGCACGUCCCCAAGGUCGGGGAAGGUGUUGUAGAGCACUAUGCGGGCGAGUACGACGAAUGCAUUGAGCUUGCUCAGACGCAUCCGGAAGAGGCUGUGAGGAACAGCGAUACUCUGCAGUACUUUGCUUUGGAGGUAUAUGCCUACGACAUCGCAUUGCCGGGCACCGGGUGCGCUGGGACAUGGACUGCGACAAGUUCCGAGGUCCCCAGCGCGACUCUGAUGCCCAGUGCGACUGAGACGGAGACUCCUUCCAUCACUUCCGCGGCUCCGCAAAUGGCGUCGUGCACUGCUCUUGAAGGUAAGACAGAUUCGCCGGUGAGGAUCGAGGGCUCUGGGUAG